CUCACAUUCUUGGCCAUUAACAAACACUUUUCAAGUUUCAUCACUACGUAGCCACAAUAAUGCAGUACGAAACAGAGUCAUGGGUAGGGUCGAAUAACGGUUACAUGGAUAUUGACCCGGUUGAGCACAUAGAGAGGUUAGCCUCAGACAACGCCGUGGUCAUUUUCAGUAUGAGCAGCUGUUGCAUGUGCCACGCAAUCAAGAGACUCUUCUGUGGUAUGGGAGUAAACCCCACUGUACACGAGCUGGACCUUCACCCCACUGGAUCCCACCUCCACUCUGCGCUACUCACUCUUCUCGGCUCCUCCUCCGCCCUUCCCGUCGUUUUCAUCGGCGGAAAACUCGUCGGAGCAAUGGACAGAGUCAUGGCUUCUCAUAUCAACGGUACUCUUGUCCCUCUUCUCAAAGAGGCCGGAGCUCUUAGUUGCUAAAUUAACUUGGCUGGAAAGCUUACUGUCUGAAAUGAAAUUCAAGCUAAUGGCAACUCUGUCAUAUAGUGUGAUAACAUGAGUACAAGUGUGCUUGCAUCUAAUCCCGUCUACUAUGCUCGCACAAAAUAUAUUGAGCUUGACAUUCACUUUGUAAUGGACAAGGCUCUACAGAAGAAAUUAGAAAUAAGAUAUGUUCCUUCACAUGAUCAAAUCGCAAAUUGUUUGACAAAAGGGCUCUCACCAACACGGUUUCAAUUUCUGAUUAGCAAGCUUAGUGUAGUUCCAUCUCCAUUUCGCUUGAGGGUUGUGUGUCAAAAAAAUUGAAUUUGAUGAUACUCACUAAAGGGAAAAGAUAUUGUUGAUGAAUGAAUGAAGCAACCCUAAGAAAUAUUUUAUUUUUGUAUUGACUUUCUAAUUCUGUUAAUAAAAAUUUGUAAUAUUCUGUUUUA